AUGCACUAUAUUAACGUUCUAUUUCUACUUUUACAUGUUAUAAACGGUCAGCAAAUUGAUCUUAAUAUAUGUCCAAGUGGUCUAAUAACACAACCCAAUGAUCCGAAAUGGCCACCAAUACCAACAACAUUUGAAAUAUUUAGUGAACUAACAUUUGUUGACCAAAGUCUAGAGAUUAGCCAAACAUUUACUUCCAAUCGCGAUGCGGUUUAUGUAACUAUUGCUGGCACGCAGUUUCAACAUUAUUAUGAUUUUCGUACAAAUGAAUAUUUGGCAAUAGGAUCAUUUGUUCUUAACAAUGUUUCCACCCCUGUAUGUGCAAGAUAUAUAAUCACAAAUCAAUUUACAACAAGUAACGUAUCAAGAUCGGUACUUAAACCAUCAAUAUUAUUAGGUUAUAGUUCAAACAAUUUGUUAAACAAUGUGUUUGGUGCAAGGUAUCGUGGUGAAACAAUCAUACGCGGUAUUCCUGCCAGUAUAUUUGAAUCAUGCUUUUAUGUUACGGACAUUCAAGCAACAGUGAACGCAAUCUAUUACUUUAACAAUCCAGAAAAAUUUCUAGCCAGCUCACAUCAACCAGAAUUACUAAAAGUUGAUGUUCGAAGUAGAACACUUAGUGGUGAAGAACAAUCCUAUAGUUAUAACAUCUUUCGUUAUGUACCAUAUCCAAAUAAAAAUGAGCAAAUUCAGUCACUCGAAACACCAACCGGUGUAUAUUGUCCAAAUCGUACGAAUACAAAGGCAUUGCCGGAACAUCUACCAAGUCGCUUAUCAAUAAAUGCUGAAAUAUCUCUACCACGGCUCUAUAAUAGUUCAUUACUAACGACAUUCGAAUUAAUUGAUGAACAACUUCAAUUUGUUCGUCUUGAUGUCUAUAUCAAUAAUGUAGAUUUUCGAGAAAUACAUGAUUAUUCAACCGGUCUGAGUUAUCGAUAUCUGCCACAAACUCAACAAUGUUCAGUUUCAGAAAUUAGUGAAUCUAGCGGAGAUGCAACAUUAGUUGAUCAAACACAUAUUCGAAUGAAAAGUGUCUAUGAAUUUUUCCAGCUAGCUGAUAAUCACACACAAUUUCAAUAUAUAGGUGUUAGAUGGUGUCGUGAUCGUGUUCGGUGUCAUGUUUGGAUUGGACAGAAACAAGCAGAAAAUAAGCAGAUAGAACAAUAUGAAUGGUACUGGGCGAUGGAAUUUAAUGGUCAGCAAUUAUCAGAAAUGAUUCCUGUCAAGUUACUUAUAACUGUUAUAUCAACACCAAGUACAGUCCCGAAUACACAAGAAAUCAAUUUUUAUAAUUAUCUUUCACAUCCAAUGACAAUUGUAGCAAUUGAUUCAACAUUAGCCGAUUGUUAUCGUGCGUUAGGACCAACAAAUGGAUUUAAUUAUGCCAUAUUACGUUUUACUAUUGAUAAUGUGCAAAAAUAUCCCGUACAUAAGAAUAUUCUUUAUUUGAAAUAUACAAUUUUGAUGGAAUUGGCAUUUGAUUUACAAGUAAGAUCUGUACGUCUAUCAAAUAUUGUUAUUGAUCAUGAGAAUGACAAAAACGAUUUGUAUGUUACAUUUACAUUGCUGGAUAAUCCUCCAUUCUAUGGACCGGUUGAACAAUUGCAUGUCGAACAAGCCUCUCUUUCAAUUAUAAAACAUUUAGAAAUGAUUAUUAACUUGAAUGUCUUAAAAUUUCGAACGAGAUAUGAUCAAGGCAGAGAAGUUGUAUUACGAGCAAAACCAAAUAGUUUAAAAACAUUAAUAUUCUACACAUUUCCAGCUGUUAAUAAUACACAUUACAUAAAUCAAACAGUAGUUGUACAUAACAAUUAUACACAAAUAAGUGUACAAAUAAAAGACAUAACUGUUACAAGACAUACGGGUGAUAGAAUAGCAGCAUUAUGGACAGGAUUUAUUCUCUUAGGUGUUGUGAUUACAAUUAGCAUUGGAAUAUUAUUGGUAAUGGUAAAAGAACGACGCGCAAACAUUAAAAGACUGAUAUUUUGUAAAAGUAAUAAAACCCCUAAGUGGGAUUUAGGCGAAACUGCCAGAUUAUGGUCAGCUGGUCAAGUUAUGCUUCCAUCGUUAACUAACGAAGCAUCACUUCGAAGUGUUGAAUCGCUAUUUCCAUAA